CGCUGGGACAACUGGGAAUUUGUCAGUAAUUCACGAAUUUCAUUAGUAAUGCGAACCGUACGAAUCAAUAAACUCUUGUAUUACUCAUAACGCUCUCACACAGCCAAGCUGUAAUCACCCGCGGAAAAUGAAUGGAGGAACAAAUUUUAUCUAACAAAUCUGCGUCCCUCUUAAACUUGUGUUCUAUUUCAUCAGGAAAUUUAGCUCGGAAGUGUGAAGAGCCGGACAUUAUACAUUUAACAAAAUAUCUUUUCUCAUAAGCAAAGACUGUGUCAUCCAUCGAAGGAGGGGUCCGCAUCAAUCGAUUAGGAGUCUAGGAGGCAGUUUGAUUCCACGUGUUUUGAAUUGAACACCUGACUUCCGUAUUUAUGAGGAUCAAUGAUCAAUAAAUUUGGCAUUGAUUAAAUCUUAGUCGGAUGAUAAUGUGAUCUGUUAAUUAAGUCGAUUGCGAUUCUAUUGUCCGAUAAUACACAGAUAGUUGCCGGUGAUUAAAUGCUUGAUACAUUUGUGUGUGUUUUGGCGGUCUGAGAUAUUGAUACGGAGAUCUGACCGAUUCCUGCAAAUACGAUAUGUAGGAUGGGAAAACAUGGCUUUCUGUGGAGUGUCAUUUAUAUUUUAGAUUUAAUUCUCCUUCGUGUGGUGAAUGCAGAGGAAGUGGGUUUACUACUCUUUGCUAAUGGAACUAGUAUCCAAAGAUCACAUUUGGAUGGUACCCAGCGGCACGUGAUCCCAUUGACCAACAUCAACAAAGCCAAGUUUGUGGAGUUUGACCCUCAAGGAAAACAAAUCUACUGGGCAGAUAUAGGUACUAGGGAAAUAUGGCGCACAGAUCUUUGUGGAGAAGAGCAAGAACGCGUUUACAGUCUUAACGCAACAUCUUCCACAUACUUUAUAAGUCUGGCCCUUGACUACGAACAGCGUACAAUUUACUGGACCAAUACCGGAUAUGACAUCAUAGAGCGUGCAAACCUGAACGGAAACAGGCACAUGGAGAUAGUUAAUGAACGGAUUAGCUCACCUGCGGACCUAGCGAUAGACAUUAGCAAUGGGAAUUUAUACUGGUUGGACGGUGGUUUAUGGCCAAAAAUUGAACGAAGUCAGCUGGACGGAAGUGCCAGAAGAGUCGUGUUCGAUUUGCAGAAGGACUACCCUAGUGCUCUGGCUUUGGACGUCAGCAGACAGGAACUGUACUGGAAUAAUAAAAACGACCAGUCUAUGUGGGUCGGCAAAACGGACGGAUCCGGCAAACGGCAGCUGGCCAAUAAAUCAGUUCAUUCCUUCCCAGGCAUGAUUGGCCUAUCCAUCUUAGAUGACUAUAUAUACUGGGAAAAUUAUUACCUCAAGAGGAUUGAACGCAUGAGCACAAACAACCCCAAAGCAGUAAAUAUCAUCCUUAAGGAUGUGGGCGACGUACAAGAGGUCAAGGCCAUGAAAGUCGAAGCCAAUGAUUUAAAGUGCGCUCCAGGAGCUCCAAUAAAUAUCAGCAUAAUGGAUGUGACAAACACAACUGUCACAGUCACGUGGGAGGCUGGAUACGACUGGGGAACAUCUCAAAACUUCAGAAUAGAGAGGAAUACGUCAACCGGGUGGAAACUUUUGAGCCAGAGCAUUCCAUCCAACAAUCGUCAAACAUUCAACCGUAUUAUUACGGGCUUAUUUCCGAAUCAGAGUUAUCAGAUCCGAGUCAAGGCAUGCAACGCUGUGAAAGGGUGCAACAAGGAGAAAUUCGAUGUUGUACACACUAUUAAAACUAAAGGUUACCCGGAAGUGCUAGUUAACCCGUACGUUCUUAACGUUACCAACACAACUGCUACACUUACAUAUAAACUCCCAAAUUACAAGCAAGCUGAUCUGAUAACAUUGGUUGUUUUGAUCCGGAAGCAGGGUACAUUGUGGAAGUCCCUCAAGAAAUUUAAGCCCAAAAUGAGAAGUGUCUCAGGCGAAAUCUUUGUGGAGGUGUUCGACUUACAGCCCCGUACAAGAUAUGAGUUUCUGGUUAGGCCCUGUAACGCUUAUGGAUGUAACCCGAGAGAUCCCGAAAUACUAGUGGUCACUACCUUAGGCUACCCAGAUCUUCCCAGAAAUCUUCGUGUCUCCAAGAUAACCAAUACGUCAGCGAAAAUAGUGUUUAGUUCAGAUUUCUUGAACACACAAACAAAAAUAAUGAUUAAUAUAGAAAGCCAAGGAGAUAUGCUGCUACCAGACACUCCCUACACCAUCAUGGCUUUAGAGGGAAGACAAAGGGUAGAGGUAGAUUCUCUACAGCCCAAAACAGUGUACCAUGUGACGUUGGGGACGUGCAAUGUUUACGGUUGUAACCCAAAUCAGACAAAACCGUUUAGAUUUGUAACUCGAGGGGUACCUGACAGGCCAUAUGUUUUCAAGGUCACAAAUAAGACAUCAUCUUCUGUGACCUUGACCUGGGGAGUGGCCUACAGCAAAGAGGAACAGUUCCAUGAAUAUUCCCUCCAAAUGGCUGUGAACAAUGAGAACUGGACGAUAAUCAGUAGUUUUGUCUCCCCUGAUAGGGGUGGACUUAUAAACUAUACAUACAGCGAGCUACAGGAAAACACACGAUAUUCCUUUAAGCUCUCUGUAUGUAACGUCUAUGGAUGUAGAACUGAUCCAGCGCAGACUAUCACACUAUAUAGCGAUGGAGAGGAUUUCGGAGAAGCUGAUGACGGGCACAAGGAAACAGACUUGUUCACUUCUCGUGAUCGACUCAUCAUCAUUAUCGUCUCUGUUGUCAUCAGCUUGUUCAUUAUUCUAGUUUUAAUCAUUUGCGUCAUUAAAUGUGCCAUGAGAAAUAAAAGCUCAAAGGAUGAAUAUCUGCACGUUAAAUAUAACGAUAAAGCAGCUCAAAUUUAGUCAGUAUAUAAGUAUGAAGAUUAUUUUUUAUUAAGAUUUAUUUUUGAUGCUCAAAAGCAGCAAUAUAUGUAUUUAAUCAUAAGUUAAACUGUCUCAUGGGUUCUUUGUAUAUGAAUAAUUGCUUUGAAAUACGAAUGAGAAAUAACUGUUUAAUAUGUAUGCUCAUAGAGUUGUAUGUGUACUUGUGUAUGUGCUUCCUGUUGAAUGUUGCUGUGAUAACGUGUCGUGUUUUAGGUUAUGUUGAUUUAUCUCAUGAAAUAUGAGAUUUUUUUUAAACGUUUAAUAAAUGAUUUUAUAAACAA